AAUUCUUAAUUAUAAUUAUCCAUGGAUAGCCACUAACUACUACAGUACUGAGUUACAAAACAAUCAUUCGUGCGUUCAUUCUCGCGAUAUUCACCCAACAAACAAUUUGUCGCUACAUGUGUGAGUCGCUCCUGCGUCUCUGACUGCUUCUCGGUUUUCUGCACUGGUAUGUGUGUCAAGUAAAUUAGGCCUCGAAUACCCAGGUACUUCUGAUAACAUCCGGAUCGGAACUGUCAGGCGACUUCCACCUUCAUAAGCAACCAUCACUCACUAUCGAAGCAAGUCGUGCGCGAUCUUUGAUCAGCAAGAUUGAUCUGGCCUGCGACAAAGCACAUCAGACAUGGCUACGUCCGAAAUAUCGCAGCAGAACGCUGCUGGUGCGGAAUCGCUAACUGAUCCCCAUCAUUUAUCCACUUAUACUCAAGCCGCAUCAUAUCUCGAACCCCCCAGCAAUGCAGAGCACUCGUAUGGAAAAGGCUCUGAAACGUCUGCCGAAUAUUCUCACGGCAAGGACUCUUAUAUGACCGCCGCGGAAGAGCCUCAAGGACAAGACUCCGGUGCGACAAGUCAGGAAGACCACAACGAUGCUUCAAAGGAUGCAAAGGAUGCAAAGGAUGAGCCAGUUGUCGAAGAAAAAGAUGGUAAGCGGAUGAUCCAAGGGCGCUCCGUCGGUAAAGUGGCCAUCAUCAUGGUGGCCCUAUGUCUCGCCGUGUUCCUCGCCGCGCUCGAUGUCACGAUUGUCACCACGGCAUUGCCGACGAUAAGUGAGGAUUUUCAAUCCACCAGUGGCUACACGUGGAUUGGUAGCGCGUUCCUGUUGGCGAAUUCCGCCUCAAUCCCGUCAUGGGGCAAAAUCUCCGACAUCUUCGGUCGCAAGCCCAUGUUACUUUGCGCCAAUGUCAUCUUCUUCAUCGGCUCUCUUCUUGCGGCGGUCUCGGUGAACAUUGGCAUGCUCAUCGUUGCGCGAGCAAUCCAGGGUAUCGGUGCCGGAGGCCUGAUCAUUCUUUCCAACAUUGUCAUUGGUGAUUUGUUCCCGUUGCGCAUCCGUGGUGCAUUUUAUGGUGUCAUUGGGGCUGUUUGGGCUGUGGCCUCGUCGAUCGGUCCCAUUAUUGGAGGUGCUUUCACACAGUCUGUCACUUGGAGAUGGUGCUUCUAUAUUAACCUUCCUCUCGAUGGCCUCGCCUUUGUCAUUCUGCUAUUCUUCCUCGACAUCAAGACCCCAACCACGCCAUUCUUGGACGGCGUCAAAGCUAUUGACUGGGUCGGCUCUUUACUCAUUGUCGGCGGUACUCUAAUGUUCCUCUUCGGCCUGCAAUACGGCGGCGAGACUGCUCCGUGGGAUUCAGCGUUGGUGCUCUGUCUCAUCAUUUUCGGUAUCUUCACGUGGGUUCUCUUUGGCAUCUGGGAGUGGCGCUUUGCGAAGUAUCCGAUCAUGCCUGUCGGUCUGUUCCAGAAGGGAACCAACGCUGCUGUGCUGAGCGCUGUGUUUCUACACGGUGUUGUGUUCAUCGCAGGUUCCUACUAUCUGCCACUAUACUUCCAAGCUGUGCUGGGCGCGACACCGAUCCUCUCCGGCGUAUAUCUGCUCCCAACAGCACUGGCCCUCGCGUUCACCAGCAUCGGAACGGGUGCGUUCAUCGCUAAGACGGGACUCUUCAUCCCUCCUAUCUAUGUGGGGUUUAUCCUGAUGACGCUCGGCUAUGGUCUCUUCAUCGACCUUGACGCCCAUAGCUCAUGGGCUAAGAUUAUCCUGUAUCAGAUUGUGGCAGGCUUUGGAAUUGGCCCGCUGUUCCAAGCGCCCAUCAUCGCUCUACAGGCGCACAUCAACCCUCGCGACAUCGCCACGGCGACGGCGACUCUGGGAUUCGUGCGUCAACUCGCCACCUCGACCUCGGUCGUGAUCGGUCAAGUCGUUUUCCAGAACGAAAUGAACAAGAAGCUUCCCACCCUGAUUGCUGCUCUCGGCACUCAAUUGGCCGAGCGACUUUCCGGUGCAGCGGCAGGUGCAAAUGUCGCGCUGAUCGACAGCCUACCCGCUGCUCAGGGGACGGUGGUACGCGAGAAUUUCGCAUGGUCUCUGCAGCCCAUGUGGACCAUGUACACAGCCUUCGCUGGCGUCGGCAUAAUCUCCGUGCUGUUCAUCCGUCGCAAAGUUCUUGCGAGUGAACACGAGGAGACCAAGACGGGUCUCGAGGCGGAGAAGGAAAAUGCUGAGGCACGUAAAGCAGAGAAGGCAGCGAAAAGGGCCGCUGCUUCACCGAGGAGGUCAAAGGACGUUGAGAAAGGAAGCGAUGUGUGAGUCGUAUCGGGAGAAAGGUAUAGUAACUUAAUCGGAGCAUGGUCUGUUGAAGCCAAAUCCGCCUUUCCUUGACGGGAAGGACUUAUUUUCUGAAUCAUGUAGAUUACGAAAAUUUAAUGUGAAUAUGAUCAUGGGCUCA